CUAUAUACUAAAUUAUCUCUAUUUUUCAAAUAUGUAUGAAUGUAUUUUAUUGUAUACUCCAUCUUCUUCCAUAGGGAGGCUGCCUGUAAAUUGAAUUAGUCAAACAAACACAAAACAAAAAACACCAGAAGAAAUCUUGAGGAAACUCACUCCGAUUCAUGCAGAAAAGAAGACGAAUCUCCCCCAUCUCACUUUCGUUUUUCACACUAUAAUAAUGUGAAGAGAGAGAGAGAGAGAGAGAGAGAGAGACGAAAAUUAGGAGCAAUUUUUCAGGAAAAAAAUUAAAAAAAGUCUUACUUGGGCUGCAAUUAUGCAACUGAAAUUGAAAUCGGCGAACACAUUGGUGAUCGCAUUCAUGUUGGGCUUCGCACUGAUCAUCUUCUUCUUAACAACGAGCUUUCUCGAAUUCCCAUCGCCCAGUUCUUCAAACCCUUCAGCCGACGAAAUCUUUCUCUUUUCAACCCUUUCGAGAUCCGCCGAACCAGAGCCCUUCAAGGAUUUGCUCAAAGCAUUCAAUAAAUGGGAUUCUCAAAUCGGCUGUUCUCAAUUUAGGGCAAAACACACAGAAUCGUUGGCGAACGGGUCAAAGAUCUCAUCUUUGCAGGAUGUUGGGGGUGCAAUCCAGUGCGGCGAGUUGCAGAUGAACCACGUGAGUGUUCUGGUCAAAGGGUGGACUUGGAUCCCUGAUAAUUUGGAUAAUUUGUAUAGCUGUAGAUGUGGGUUGAGCUGUUUGUGGACUAAAUCUCCUGUUCUUGCUGAUAAACCUGAUGCCCUCUUGUUUGAAACUACAACUCCACCAUUUCAGCGGCGAACUGGCGAUCCUCUUCGUGUGUAUAUGGAUCUUGAAGCAGGCAGGAAAAAAUCAUUCCGCGAAGAUAUUUUCAUCAGCUAUCACGCUGAAGAUGAUGUCCAAUCAACUUACGCUGGAGCUCUCUUUCAUAACAAUCGAAACUAUCGUUUAUCUCCCAUCAAGAACAAUGAUACUUUGGUUUAUUGGUCCUCGUCACGCUGUCUACCUCAAAGAAACGAGCUGGCAAAGAAGCUACUAAGCUUAUUACCUCAUCACUCGUUCGGCAAGUGCAUGAACAAUGUUGGAGGCCUAGAUAGAGCACUCUCGUUUUACCCCGAGUGUGAAAAGAAUGUUAAAGAAGCACCGAAAUGGUGGGACCAUCUUCACUGUGCCAUGUCACACUACAAGUUUGUCCUUGCAAUUGAAAACACUGUGACCGAGAGUUACGUGACAGAGAAGCUCUUUUACGCCCUCGAUUCUGGGGCGGUUCCUAUUUAUUUUGGUGCACCGAACGUUUGGGAUUUUGUGCCGCCUCAUUCGAUAAUAGACGGAACACAGUUCAGUUCAAUGAUACAGCUGGCUUCUUACAUAAAGUCUUUAGCCAAUGACCCUGUCGCUUAUGCUGAGUACCAUGCGUGGAGGAGAUGCGGUGUGUUGGGUGAUUACGGCAAGACCCGUUUAGCUAGUAUAGAUACGUUGCCUUGCAGGCUUUGUGAAGCUGUUAGCAGAAGAAACGGGAGAAACGCAGAAGCUUUGUAACUAUCGAAAAAUUAAAAUUCCCAUUUUUGUGUCGUUUAUAUUGUUAGACACUGUAGAAUGACUUUUCACAUACAAAUUAGUCUUUUAUAUAGAGGGUUGUUAUUUUCCAAAUC